AUGUGUCCAGCUGCUGGUAACUUACCUGUGGCACCUAAACGUGAACAGCAGUUACCGUCUUGGUUUUGCCCAACACCUGUUUGCCCAACUCCAGCAUGCCCUUCUCGUCCUCCCAGGAAACAUAAAAACCGCAGUUCCUCAGCAAAUAGGUGCUCUUCCUGCCCAAAACUAGCUUCCCGAAGUACAGCGCCAGUUCAGCCGUGCCCAUUACUACUACCUUGCCCACCUCCUCCACGAUGUCCGCCACCACCACCGCCACCGCCACCACCAGCUCCAUUACCAAUAUUCUCUUCACUAUGUCCGCUGUCCACUACUCCAAAACCAGAGUGCUCGCCUAAAGUGUGCCCACCAUGUCCGCCACCAAGUAGUCUUGAUUGUCCACCAAUUCCUACAUGCCCACCACCUCCACCACCGCAAAUAUGCACACCUCCAGCUGCAGUGACUUGCCCGCCUCCACCACCACCACCAGAAUGUCCAAAGCAAAAGCAAGCCUCCGACAGCUAUUUAGUCAGCCCAGCAGACGAUUGCAGAGAUAAUGCUAAAGUCAGUCAUGAUUGUUGCGUGAAUUGCCCAUCAGAUACCUGCGUUUAUAGUGAUGAAAGGGAUUCAUAUAGAAGGAGGCUAAGACAUGUACAGCGACACAAAAGAGCGAAUAAUAACUUAGUCGACAAAUAUGAUCUGUAUGCAGAUGCUAAAUGCAAUGACGAUAAGCUAAAGCUUCUUAUGGAAAAGAACAUAAGCAAGGAUUCAUCGGCGGCGAAAAGGCAAAUACAAGCAGUGGUUGAAAGAGAAUUUCGGACAAAAUUCAACGUUAUUUGUUCGUAUGAUAAUUUUUCAUAUAUUGUACACACCAAUACAUUUUGUCAACAUGCUGUCAAUGGUAUUAAUUGCUACGCCUUUUCUGUUAAUUAA